AUGGAUUUUAACUUCUCCACGGUCCGCGAUAGCGAUAAUUUGCUGGAGAGAGACUCAUCCAAGCGCGUUCUGACAGGCUGCUUUCUCUUUGCGCUCAUCCUGACCACACUGCUGGGGAACACACUGGUAUGUGUUGCAGUCACCAAGUUCCGCCACCUGCGCUCAAAGGUCACCAACUUCUUUGUGAUUUCUUUGGCCAUUUCAGACCUGUUGGUGGCCAUCUUGGUGAUGCCAUGGAAGGCAGCGACGGAGAUCGUGGGCUUCUGGCCGUUCGGUGCCUUCUGUAAUGUCUGGGUGGCGUUCGACAUCAUGUGCUCAACAGCGUCCAUUUUGAACUUAUGUGUCAUCAGCGUGGACAGAUACUGGGCGAUCUCAAGCCCAUUCCGCUACGAGAGGAAGAUGACACCCAAGGUGGCGUUUAUUAUGAUCAGUGUGGCAUGGACGCUGUCUGUGCUCAUCUCUUUCAUCCCUGUGCAGUUGAACUGGCACAAGGCUGCGGUGUUGGAGCUCAACGGCACUUACGGUGAGCUGCCGCCGGACAACUGUGACUCCAGCCUUAACAGGACCUAUGCCAUCUCCUCCUCCCUCAUCAGCUUCUACAUCCCUGUGGCAAUCAUGAUCGUGACUUACACCCGGAUUUACAGAAUUGCCCAGAUACAAAUCAGGAGGAUCUCAGCACUGGAGAGGGCUGCGGAGAGUGCCAAGAACCGCCACAGCAGUAUGGGGAACAACUCUAACAUGGAGACGGAGAGUUCCUUCAAGAUGUCUUUCAAAAGAGAAACCAAAGUCCUAAAGACCCUCUCUGUCAUAAUGGGGGUGUUUGUGUGCUGCUGGCUGCCCUUCUUCAUCCUCAACUGCAUGGUACCCUUCUGUGAGCCCAACGGCACCUCUGAUUUCCUCUGCAUCAGCCCCGGCACCUUCGACGUGUUCGUUUGGUUCGGCUGGGCCAACUCCUCACUCAACCCCAUCAUAUAUGCCUUCAACGCGGACUUCCGCAAAGCGUUCUCCAUCUUGCUGGGCUGCCACAGACUCUGCCCAGGCAGCAAUGCCAUAGAGAUAGUGAGCAUCAACAACAAUGGAUCCCAGCCGCCUGCGUCCCAGUAUCAGCCCAAAGGGCACAUUCCCAAGGAAAGCAACAAUGCCACCUAUGUGAUUCCCCACAGCAUCCUGUGUCAGGAGGAGGAGCUGCAGAAGAAGGAUGGCGUUGGGAUUAAGACCUUGGAGAAACUGUCCCCGUCCCUUUCUGGGAACUUGGGCAGCGAUGCCGAUGUGUCACUGGAAAAGAUUAAUCCUAUAACUCAGAACGGCCAACACAAAACUGUGACAUGUUGA